AUCUGGAAAAUGCAUUCAAGAACUCAGCAACAUGAUUGGAUCAAUCCUGUGUAUCCGAAUGACCCUCAUGCUAAGAUAGGAGGGCCUGUAGGUGGGUAUAAGCAGCAGGUUGAUGAUAGAAAUGAGCCUCCCUAUGAAUUAGUUAUCGCGAGAGAUAAGAAGAAUAGUAAGAAUUUUUGGAUAAAAAUAAUCGCUUGGGCCCUCAUCAUUGUUGGAAUUAUCUCGCUAAUAUUCAACCUCUACCAGCUUAUUAGAACUCUUACUCAGAUCGGGAAAGUUCCGAAUGGUGUCUAUGAGACAAAUAGUUCUGGCUUUAUGAAAAGAAAGAUCGAUAUAGUUGGUUUUCCUGAAAUGCUGAGCAAAAUCAUUGAUGUUAUUGCAUCAGUUUUACUAAUUUACCAAGGAUAUUUAACUUUGAAGAUAGCUAAAGAAGAUCAUAGCUCAGCUACGAAGAAGAUGAUGAAGUACAUAAUUUAUUUUGCUAUAGCUCAUCUAUUUCUCAGGCUACUUCAGAUGGUUAUUGUACUGAUUUAUGCCAUUCCUCUAACUAAAAACCAAAAUAAAGAAUCGAAUGAAGAACAAAAAUUGAGCCUAACAACAAUAAUUAUAUCAAUAAUGGGAUUCUCAGCCUUAUGAACCUGUUGUUGCCUUCUCUGUUAUUGUGGAGGGAUCUAUGCAUGCCAUCGACUUUAUAAGAAGGAUCAGGAAGAGUAUGAAAGCCUUGAAAGAACAAUUUAUUCGAAUAUUAAUGCCCCAUCAAUGGACUAUAGCCACAGGCAUAAUCAAAUGGUUUAAAAUAGUUCAUGAUUCUUCAACAA